UCCUGAUGUUCAUCAUGUCUCAACAAGGAAAAACUGUUUGCUUAUAAAGUCUUCUAGUGGCAUUCUAAAUGGCUCUGAAGGAAAGUACGACAUUUACUCGAAGUUUUUCAUGGUUUUGUGGGAAGUAAAAAGUAAGCCUGAAUCAUGGCCAUUCCUCUGUCCAGUUGAUGAGGCUGAUGCUCCAGGAUACUAUAGUAUUGUACAGGAUCCCAUUGAUCUAAUGACAAUCGAAAGAAAAAUUGACUGCAGAGAGUAUACAAACAGAGAAGAGUUUCUUAAAGAUUUUAAAAAAAUGGUGGACAACUGUCAACAAUACAAUGGGAAUAGAAGUGUUUACAUGACUAUGGCUCGAAAAAUUUGGAAAUAUUUUUUGCAAUCUAUGAAGAAGAAUUUCCCAGAUGAACUAAAUGAUAAUGCCAGUCAAGUAGUUAAUAUUGUGAAGCAAAAAUCAAGUAGUGACAUUACAAUAGGACUUGACCUCAAGAAAGACAUAUCAAGUAAAAUCUUAAGACAGAAUGUAAGAGGUGGUAAAUCCAAAAAGAAACGAAAAAAACGACAACCAGGAAUAAAGGCCAUUGAAGUCUUGGCUAAAGCUGCUGAAAAGGCACUUCAGGAUACUACUCUUCAAGAUGAGUUACAUCAAAUUAAUUUGACCAGUAACAACACAUCUCUGACUACGGUGUCAAGUGCUUUCCCUGAUUUGAAAAUAUCAACCAUUCAAAGUCAUCCAGAUGAUUUGCUGCUCCGUUACUGUCCUGAUAAUUUUUUCUGUACUUCUGCUAAGCUUAAGGACUUGUCAGAACCCAAUAAUAUUCAUACUUCUCAACCAUGUAGUGCAGAGAAUGAAUUUCUGUAUGAACCUUUUUUCAAUGACUGUAAUACUUGUACACCUAGCAUCACAGAACAGGCUACUCAGGACAUAAGCAGCAUAGAGCAAAAAAGUCCCCAAAACUCAAGUACCAUUAAAUUCCAAACUGCCCAGUACACAAACACCAUCAAGCAUCAGAUCACUGCCCAGCAUUCAAGCACAGGUGAACAACAUAAUACUCAGAGGACAAACAUGGGUGAACAACAUAAUGCUCAGAGAAUAAGUACUGAGAAACAACAAACUGCUCAGCAUUCAAGAACAGAUGAAGAACAUAGUGCUCACAGGACAAACACUGACAAACAACAGACUGCUCAGCAUUCAUCUAUAGGUGAACUACAUAGUCCUCAGAGAACAAACACAAUAAAAAGACAUAAUAAUACAAGCACUGCUCAAAACACAAAUACCAUUGAACAAAGUGUCAAUAACAUGAGUAUUGUUGAAAAAUCAAAUGCCCAGAGUGCAAGCUUUACCAAACAUAUAACUGGAGAAGAUAUAAAUUUUACAAUUUCACAUUCUCCUGUUUCCCAUUCUGUAGAGCAAGAUUUUAUAGAAAUCAAGGGAAUUGAUGAAGAAGUGACAAGUGGAAAAGUAGAGAAGUUAAACAAUCCAAGAUAUGUUAAUUUCAAGAAAUAUUGGGAAUAG